UAUGGAUCAAAAAUAAACAUUCUAGCUGUGUGUAUAUACAUAUAUAUUCAAAGAUCAUCAAUUAGGCCAAAACAGUCAUAAAUGUGUUCGAAAAGCUAUGACACAAUCCGUUUACAGCAAACAACCAGAUAUGCUGCAGAGGAAAAGAUAGAAGAGGAAAUGAGUGCUGCAAGCAAACCAUUGUAGAAAUACAACUAAAGUUCCAAUAAUUGAACUAAAAAAUUAUAGUUUUAACCAAAUUUAGUCCAACUAACAUAACUUUCCUAGCAACCUACAGUGCGACUGACACAAAAACCUUAAACACCACGUGGUAAGAGAGUGUCAAUAUGCAGGAUAUGGUAUGGGCAGUCAGCUGCCUACAAACAAAGAGGAAUCCUUGUGUCAGUCCAAAGGGUCCAAGAGACACACUUAAAGGGGAAAAGAAAAAAUAAAGCAUUGCAUCUUUCAUGCCCUUAAGUAUGCCUUUUGUGGUCCUCAUAUAAUCAAAUAGUUCCACAAGGCAGGCCAUACUAGCAAAAUUGUAGGACCUUAUGAACACCAACACCUGUGACUCCCACUUAAAGCAUAGCCAGCCACAAGAUAAAGCAACAGCUUUCUACCGCCACUACGUACUCGCCACGUGUCGCUUGCUGGAUUCUCCCCUUCCCACUUGAGUCAUUGCAUAACAGUCUCUUCCCCCCCUCUUUUCUAGCUAAACACAUUUGCUUAGAAUUCACAACAGGGAUAACAAGCAAAUAAAGAGAAGGAAAAAAAAAAAGGGCAAGAGAGACAGAGAGAUGAUGAAGAAGGAAAUACCAGGAGGGGAUACCAAUAGCUGGGCACGUGCUUGUGACACGUGCCGUUCAGCACCGUGCACGGUGUACUGCAAAGCAGACUCUGCAUACCUUUGCACCAGCUGCGACGCACGGAUCCACGCUGCCAAUCAGUUGGCUUCAAGGCACGAGCGGGUUUGGGUGUGUGAAGCGUGUGAACGUGCACCAGCAGCCUUCUUGUGCAAGGCUGAUGCAGCAUCACUCUGUGCUACCUGUGAUGCUGACAUUCACUCAGCUAACCCAUUGGCUCGCCGCCACCACCGGGUCCCAAUUAUGCCUGUCGGUUGCACAUAUGGUCCCUCAGAUGGAAGGAUGUCUGAGGACGGAUUCCUGGACCUGGCAGAGGGAGAUGAUCAGACCACUGAUCAUGAAGGGGACGAGGAUGAAGCUGCUUCAUGGUUGCUACUUAAUCCAGGUAAGAACAGCAACAACCAAACUACAAAUGGGUUUUUAACUGGAAGAGGAGAGGUUGAUGAGUACCUGGACCUCUUUGAGUAUAAUUCAGGUGCUGCAGAUAAUCAGUUCUGCGAGCAGUAUAACCAGCAGCAGGAAUUCAGUGUCCCUGAGAAGAGCUGUGAAGGCGACAGCGUCGUACCAGUUCAGUGUAGAGAAGGAAAAGAUCACCAAAUACAGUACCAGAACUUUUUGUUUGGGAUGGAAUGUGAGACCAAAUCUGAGUAUAAUUACAACACACCAAGUAGUCACAGUGUUUCAGUUUCCUCACUAGAUGUGGGUGUCGUACCAGAAUCCACCAUGAGUGAUAUGUCUGUGUCACAUCCAAGGCCCCCCAAAGGAACAAUCGACCUAUUUUCUAGCCCUCCAAUGCAAGUGCCAACUCAAUUAUCACCACUGGACAGAGAGGCCAGGGUCAUGAGAUACAGAGAAAAGAAGAAGAAUAGAAAGUUUGAGAAGACUAUCCGUUAUGCUUCAAGAAAGGCCUAUGCAGAGACUAGACCUCGGAUCAAAGGCAGGUUCGCAAAGAGAACAGAUGUUGAAGCAGAGAUGGACCAGAUGUUCACCAACUCAUUGAUGUCAGACGGUGGAUAUGGCAUUGUGCCAUCCUUCUGAUCAAUCUAGGUGAUGUUUUAAAUGGAGUUGGUUGUGCUACAGUUAAAUCUUCAUUAUUUUUUAUCAGUCUUGACCUAUAUGUUCUUAGUUACUAAAAUGUUGUCUUGUUAUCCUUACGUCUUUUUUUGUGUAAAAUUGUACAAAACAAGUAUAUAUAACAUGCUUUCUUCAUUAAAUCAA